AUGACGCUCAAAUACCUCGUCACUGGAGCUACGGGCGGCCUCGGCGCGCAAGUGCUGUCCUACUUGGUUGAAAACGUCCCCGCCUCCAAAUACGCCGCAGCGUCCUCCAAGGAAACAAACCGCAAGCAAUUCGAAGACCGGGGCAUUGCCUUUCGAGUCGUGAAUUACGAUGAACCUCAGUCCAUGGAGUCUGCAUUCCACGACGUGGAGAACCUGCUGUUCGUGAGUACGAAUACCUUCGACGUGAAAAAGCGGCGUAAGCAGCACCAGAGCUUCGUCAAUGCCGCCAAAAAGAUGAACGUCAAACAUGUGUGGUAUACGUCGCUGGCAUUUGGCGGUUUCCGCUCCGAUUCCAAGGCCGAUGUCCAGCAGGCCCAUUUGAUGACGGAAGAGAUGUUGAGAGUAUCCGGUAUCACAUUCACCUCCAUCCGUGAGGGCUGCUACACUGACGCCUUCCCGGUGUUCAUGGGCUGGUAUCCCACUACCUCCACGGUGUACCUCCCCUCCGACGGACCGGUCGCAUUUACUCUGCGAGAUGAGCUGGGCGAGGCCACCGCCCGCCUGAUGAUCCGCGGCGGUCAUGACAAGGAGAUUGUGCUCCUCACUGCACAACAGAUCGUGACCUUUCAGGAGAUCGUGGACGUGAUCAACGACACCACCGGGCGACAGGUCCGACUGCAGCUGGUUUCGCCGGAUGAGUUUGUGCGCUUGAAGGCAAACGACGACGAGGGAGGGAAACCCGAAGGGUUCUUCCGGAUGCUGUUGUCAUGGUACGAUGCCAUUGCCAACGGGGAGACCGCGACAACAGAUCCCCUGAUGGCGGACUUGCUGGGGAGAGAGCCCGUGUCGCCCCGGGAGGCCAUUCGCGCGUUUCUCACAGAAGAUCGGGACUAUGUGUGGCAUCAGAAUUAUAUCAAUCGCGGGUAA